AUGGGAGGGACCAAGACUCAGCCAUUUAAAGAACAAUUCUCUUUCGAGGAAAGGCUCGAAGAAUCAAAGGAAAUCAUUGCCAAAUAUCCUGAUCGUGUACCCGUGGUGGUUGAGAGGUAUUCAAAAACUGACCUUCCUGAGAUGGAGAAGAAAAAGUAUCUAGUACCCCGAGACAUGUCUGUUGGGCAAUUCAUUUACGUCCUGAGUGGCAGGCUUCAUCUGGCUCCGGGGAAAGCUCUAUUUGUAUUUGUGAAUAAUACCUUACCUCAAACAUCAAGUUUGAUGGAGACUAUGUACGAUUCAUCCAAGGACGAAGAUGGGUUCCUUUACAUGUGUUACAGCAGUGAGAAAACCUUUGGUUGUGCUCAAUAG